AUGUCUGUGUUCAAGGGCUUGCGAGCGGUACUCUUUGUUACGACCAUUGUGCUCAAUGCGUUCAUCUAUUUCUACCCCAACAUCCUAAACGAAGCCAGCCAAUGUACGUGGCACAAGUUUUCCCAUUCCACCUUUGAAAUGAAAUCAACCAGUGGUAUUGCUGAUCUUUUGCCCCCACGAUGGAAGGAACUCUUUCUUCUUAACUUUCCCCGGUUCCAGGAUUUGGAAGAAGAUGACAAUGAAAGCGCGUACGAUAAAGCCGGCAAGGUCAAAGACAUCCAUAUGCUUACGUUUGGAGACCCUCAGAUCAACGGUAAUUGGCCCCUGACCAAAUACAUCAAACGUCUCGAUAACUAUGGGAACGAUUACUAUUUGGGUCACAUCUAUAACAUCAUGCUGAAACGGUUACAUCCUACUCAUGUGGCCGUCAUGGGAGAUCUUUUUUCUCUGCAGUGGAUAUAUGAUCUGGAGUUCUACAAUCGAACCCAUAGGUUUGUCGAACGAUUAUUCCCUAGACCCGACGAAUAUAAGCAAACAGUGUUAGAUGCAUGGAAACACCAUCAAGAUUACGAUUGGAAUACGUGGUUGAAUGAUCAAAUGUACAUGGACAAAAAGGAUCGGUUCAUGUCUCGGUCUUACGAAGAUGUCUACGAUUGGGUUCAUCCCGAACGCAAGUAUCCUAACACCCAAGUUCCUAUGUUUAUUAACUUAACAGGGAACCAUGAUAUCGGGUAUAGUGGAGAUGCUACAUGGCAGCACAUGGCUCGGUUUGAAUACUUAUUUGGUCAAGAUAAUUAUGUCAUUACGUAUAACCAAGGGAAACCUGAGGAAUGGCGUAUAGUUGUAUUGAACUCCAUGACGUUGGAGGGUCCAGCAUUACAAGAAGAAUUCAUUGACUUCACAUGGUCAUUCUUGGACCAUUUAAAAACUAUUGCCAACCCACUUUUUAAAGGUUCAACGGUUUUAUUGACUCAUAUUCCAUUCUAUAAGAGAGACGGAUUAUGUGCUGAUGGGCCUCAACACCGGUACUAUGAGAACUACGACCGUGAACCUUAUAAGAAUGGGAAAUUACGUUCUCAGAACCAUUUAACGUAUGAAACAUCGCAAAAGGUAUUGGAUAUCGUCUUCCCCAAUGCUGAUAAAGAGGGUAUCAUUCUUACUGGACACGAUCAUGUUGGAUGCAACAACUACUAUAAUUAUGUUGAUAAUGAAUGGGUAGCAGAAAAGACAAAGAGUAAGGCCAGUACCAGAGCCCCUAUUAGAGAAGUAGUUGUUAAGGCAAUGAUGGGAGAUUAUGAAGGUCAAACAGGGUUAGUUACCGGGUCAUUUAAUGAGGAAACUGGUCAUUGGGCUUUUGAGUUCUCUUAUUGUUCAUUUGCCAUACAACAUUGGUGGUGGGCCACUAAGGUUGUGACUAUCUUAUUAGGGUUCGUUAGUUCGUUGAUUUUUGUUAAGAGAAGUGUUAAGAAAUAA